AGCCACCGCCUGCUCCAUAGUGCACUCCCCUGCACAUCUCCUCCAUCCAUUUCGCUCCUUGCCCAGCCCGCCACCAUGUCUUCCGUCGACGACAUAGCCACCCAGUUCGCCGCCCUCGCCGUCAGCUCAGGCUGGCAACAGGGCUCGAGCCGGUACAGGCGGGAGCGCCGCACCUUCAUCGCCGACGCCGUUGUCACCGGCUUCCGCACGAACUUUGGAAGUAACGAGGCGGAUCUCAGCGCCUGGCGUCGAUUGUGCACCACGGUCGGCGUGGGGGGCGCGGAGGCGUUUGGGAGCAUUGGGGAGUGUAAGAGGGCCCUCAAAGGCACCUUCGUCAACAUCGUCGACCUCGUCGACGCGGCCAAUGCGGGCAAGACUGUAUCCAAAACAUUCAAGUCUGCCCAGAAACUGAGGGCGUACUCACGGAAGCCCAAAGAGGAGAAGAUAUUCCCGAAGAAGCGCGCAAAGAGCAACCCGCUGCUGAAGUUCUUCCUCAUUGUCAUGUUCUGAGGGACGUGUUCGUCAUGCUCUUAAGGGUCGUAUCUGAUAUGCUCUUGAGAGUCGCACUCGUUAUGUUCUGAGGGUCGUCUUCAGGUCCUGGAGCUCAUCAUGACCACGCUCGGCGACUUCGUCGUCCUGCUGGCCCCUUCCAUAUCAUGGUAUAUAUUGUACUGAACCCGUUCUUGAUUGAAUGUUAAUCCGCCACCACUGGCACCUGUACAUCUAUCCACAACGCCAUCCUAAGAACCGGACCUCGUCAGUGUCGAUAACCAGCAAUGCCGGCCAUUGUAAGAUCAUCUUGGCUAUUUGCGCGUGCAGACGCCAGCAAAGAUUCCCAGCGCCUCCAUACCUCCCAGCGCUUGACUCAGGCGCAUUCCCG